AUUCAAUUCAAUCAAAUCCUUCCCUUGUCGUCGUGCACGCUUCUUCUUCUUCUUCUUCUUCUUAUUACUUGAGCUGUGUGGUGGCAGAUACCUUUCUUGAAACCAUCAGUUCACACACGCAGCCUUGCUUGCCUGCCUCUGCCUGAUAAAAAUCUAUCCUCUCCUUUCUUCGAUUGCAUAAUUUUCAUUAAGCUUAGCUUGUUGUUCGUCAUGGCGACCACGAACAAGGAUGCUACUAUUCCAUCUGAUGAGAAAACAGGUUCGGCUUCGGGUGCAGAAAUUAACAGCAAAGACUCCUCAUCUAAAUCAUCAGAAACCUCCUCAACCUCUGGGGAACAAAGAAGAGCUCCUUCUCAAUCUCCAGGACUGGGAGGUGCUGCUGCUGCUGCUGCUGGAUUUCCUCCUAGUCCUUUUGAUUUCUCUGCUAUGACUGGCCUGCUUAAUGACCCGAGCAUCAAGGAGUUAGCCGAGCAGAUAGCCAAAGAUCCUUCAUUCAACCAGAUGGCAGAGCAGCUCCAGAAGACUUUUCAAGGAGCGACAGCCGAAGAUGCUAUCCCUAACUUUGAUACUCAACAAUACUAUUCAACCAUGCAACAGGUUAUGCAGAAUCCUCAAUUUAUGACUAUGGCUGAGCACCUUGGCACUGCAUUAAUGCAGGAUCCAUCAAUGUCUCAAAUGCUUGAGAGUUUCACAAACCCAUCGCAAAAGGAUCAGAUUGAGGAGCGAAUGACACGAAUAAGAGAAGAUCCUUCUUUAAAGCCUAUUUUAGAAGAGAUAGAGUCCGGUGGUCCAGCUGCCAUGAUGAGGUACUGGAAUGAUAAAGACGUUCUCCAGAAGUUGGGUGAAGCAAUGGGUCUUGCAGUUUCCGAAGAAGCAGGCACUUCUGUGGAAACUUCUGGACACGAGGAAGCAGAAGAAGCAGGAAAUGAGGAUGAAUCAGUUGUCCAUCACUGUGCCAGUGUUGGUGAUGUUGAGGGUUUGAAAAAUGCUCUAGCCUCUGGUGCGGACAAGGAUGAAGAAGAUUCAGAGGGAAGAACUGCAUUGCAUUUUUCCUGCGGAUAUGGGGAGGUGAAGUGUGCCCAAAUUCUUCUCGAGGCUGGGGCAACUGUUGAUGCACUGGAUAAGAACAAGAACACCGCCCUGCAUUAUGCAGCUGGUUAUGGAAGGAAGGAGUGUGUAGCCCUUUUACUGGAAAAUGGCGCUGCAGUUACACUUCAGAACAUGGAUGGCAAGACGCCCAUUGAUGUUGCUAAACUCAACAACCAGCAAGAGGUGCUAAAGUUGCUCGAGAAGGAUGCCUUCCUGUAACUUGGCAUGUCAUGGGACUCGAGCGUUUUAAACAAUUUGAUGUCUUUAUUAUCAUCUGAUUGCUGCUUCUUGAGUUUUGUGAUUGGUGGCAUAAUUAUUCUGUCUUGUGUAUCUGGGAUUAGAUAGGCAUGCGAUGAAAUGUUCUAUUCCAUGCUCCAUACAUUAUCUGCCUGCAACUGAGAACAUAUCGAAAAUGGUUUUGAUUGGAGACCGUAUUUUAUUUAUUUAUUUAUUUAUUCUUGUUUUA